UGAUUUACCGACUGAUUAACUUUUGAAAUAAAUAUGUUUAAAAACUAUUUAUUUUUUAAAAAGGUGCCCCAUUUAAUUUGGAAGAAUAUUCUAAACAAAAACUUCUCUUCAAUUUCUCACAUACUUGACAAAAAUGGUGUUGGCGAUGUCAUAACAGUGAAGGGAUGGAUAAAGUCGUUGCGGGAUCAGAAAGAACAUAUAUUUCUCGAUGUAAGCGAUGGUUCCACUGCCAAAAAACUCCAAAUUUUGCUUCCCAAAAAAUUAAAACCGGAAGAUGUAACUACCGGUGCUUCGGUGGUAGUCUCAGGGCCUCUUACUUUAUCACCAAAAGGCCAGAUAGAAUUAAUAGCAAACACUAUCGAAGUGUACGGCAAAUGCGUCGUAAGUGAAGGUUACCCGUUUGCACCACGUAAACAGUAUGCUCCUGAAUAUGUCAGGCAAUAUCUACAUUUCAGACCAAGAACUAACAAAUUCGGGGCACUUUUAAGAUUGCGCAAUGCAGCGACAUUAGCUAUUUAUAAUCAUUUUAAUUCAGAAGGCUUUGUUAAUGUUCAUACACCUAUUUUAACUUCAAAUGAUUGUGAAGGGGCUGGAGAGGUGUUUAAAGUAGUUCCUGACAACAAAAAUUUGAUAAAAUCAAUGUCGAAAGAGGGUCAAAUCGAAGAUGAAGCCUACUUUAAUAGGAAGUCUUUUUUGACCGUCUCGGGACAGUUGCAUUUAGAAGUUGUAGCUCAUGGUUUAAGCAAGGUGUAUACUUUCGGGCCCACGUUUAGGGCUGAAAAUUCCAAAUCGAGGUUGCAUUUGUCUGAAUUUUAUAUGCUGGAGGGAGAAAUUGCGUUCGUGGAAAAACUAGAUGGGCUUAUAGCCUGCAUUGAACAUGCAAUUAAACAAGUCACAAAAAAACUAGUCAAUGAUUCGAUUGAGGAUAUCGAAAAAUGCCAAGAGAAAAAAGUGUCUUUUGAUUGGGUGGAUAAAACUUUUCCUGUAGUUACAUACAAAGAGGCUGUAACUAUUUUAAGUAAGAAUACAGAUAAGUUCAGAGGAAAUUUCGAUUCCAAAGAAGGUUUUGGUAAGGAGCAUGAAAUGUUUCUUGUUGAAUACUUUGGAAAAGUGCCCACUUUCGUCAUAGACUGGCCAAAAGACAUGAAACCCUUCUAUAUGAGAGACAAUGGGGACGGAACCGUAGCCGCACUCGACUUAUUGGGCCCUAAUGUAGGAGAAAUUGUUGGCGGAAGCCUGCGAGAAAAUAAUUAUGAAGAAUUAUUAAAGAAAAUUCCCAAUUAUAACGGUCACUUGGACUGGUAUUUGGAUUUAAGAAAAUUUGGAUCGGUGCCAACAGGAGGAUUUGGUUUAGGUUUUGAAAGAUAUUUGCAACUAAUUUUAGGAAUAACUAAUAUCAAAGACACGAUUCCCUUUCCCAGAUGGCCGCAUAAUUGCAGUUUGUAGCUGAAUUAAGAAAUAAAACAUAUUGAAGCUGAAACUAACAUUUAUUUAAGUAGUCAUACAUUUAAAUUAAUACCAUGUGCUCGUCCUUUAUUAAAAUUAAUAUGUAUAAGAAACCGUUAUUGGAAUACACGAUUUUUAAAAAAUAA